AUGAGGCCCCUCCGGGGUCAGCUGGAUCGCCGGAGCAGGAGCUGGUGGGACCCCCGGCGGGACAGGAACCGGAGCCGGCGGGACAGGUGUAGACGGAACCCCCGACGGGACAGGCAUAGACGGGACCCUGGACGGAACAUGGGCCGGUAUCAGCAGGACCCCCAACAGGACAGGUUCUUCAACCCAUUUUACCUCCAGUGUGUGGAAGUCCCCAUCCUUUCUCACAAGGACUGCGAUGGCUCCUACCCCGGCCUGAUCACUGACCGCAUGGUGUGCGUUGGAUACCUGGAGGGAGGCAAGGAUGCUUGUCAGGGUGACUCUGGUGGUCCUCUGGUGUGUAACGGAGAGCUGCAGGGUGUCGUGUCCUGGGGCCAUGGCUGCGCUCAACCCAACUACCCGGGCGUUUACACCAAAGUCUGCUCUCUGAUGCCCUGGAUCAACGAUGUUCUCUCCACAUACUCCUAGGCUGUGAUCUCCCAUCACAGAACUACAGGAGAGGGGAAAUCAGAGAGAGAUUGAAAUUGAAGGAGACAGGAGGUGGCGGUGGGGAGUGUUGAAGAGAGAGGCAGCGGAAGAGAGGCUGUGAGUGAGACACAAGGAGAAGCCGAGGG